AUGGCCUUGCUCCAAGUCAAAAGUGGACUUCUCAAGCUACUUAUGAUGGCUCACCAACGUUGCCUUUUUGCAGGGAAACCCGUGGAGCAGCUCAACGAAACCAUCAAUUACAAUGAAGAGUUCUCCUGGCGGUUCGGCUCCGACUACGACAAAGAGUUCGAAGAGGGGCUGCAACGGGGGUUGCCCAGCCCCAUCCUGUACGUGGCAGAGAAGUUCACCGACCACAGCCCCUGCGGCAUGAACAACCUCUACCGCAUAGCGGGUCACUACGCUUCUGCGACCCUCUGGGUGGCCUUCUGUGCGUGGCUCAUCUCCAACAUGCUCUUCUCCAUGCCGGUCCCAGUUUAUGGCGGCUUCAUGCUUCUCGUCACGGGAGCCUUCCUCAUCUUCGCCCUCCUGUCCUUCUCCACGGGGAGGGACGCCUGGUGUGCCAUCCAGUUCGGCUUGGCAUCCCUGAAGCUGGCCUAUGGGGCCUCGUUCUGGCUCACUCUGGCCACAGGUGAGUGUCCCAAAGGGCUUUGCGAAGACAUUUCAAUCCUGGCCAUUCCUCUCCAUGCAAUUAUGUCAUCCAUGGAACUCACACAGCCAUCGGUGGUUUCUUGA